AGGUGAAGCACAAGAAUGAAAGACAUGGACAAUAUCAAAACUGUGAAGAAAGAAUGGAUGUGUAAAUCGGGAACGGAUGAUCAGAUUUUGAAUGGUACAGAACAAAACUGUGACUACUUUGUAGAUAACCUUUUUGAAGAAGCUCAGAAGGUUGGUGCUAUAUGUAUGCCCCCAACUACAGUGAAGAACCAGGUUGAUGUAAUCAUUAAACUUUGGAAAAAUGGGUUUACAGUAAACGACAGUGAACUUAGGAGCUACACUGAUGUUGCAAACCAGCAGUUCUUGGACUCCAUUAAAAAAGGGGAACUGCCUUUUGAGCUACGAAAAGUUUUUGAUAAGGAGGAGGUAGACGUGAAAGUGGAAGAUAAAAAAGAUAAGGUGUAUUUGUCAUCAAAAAAGCCAAUGUUUCAUCCCUUUUCUGGACACGGUUACAGAUUAGGAAGUGCUACUCCAAGGAUAAUAUCUAAAGUGAGCGAUGAACAUCAGGGAGCUGACAACAAAAGACGCCUGCCUUUAGUACCCUUAAAUGAUUCGGAGCCUAUCACUAACAUCCAAAUCUGGUUAGCUGAUGGGGAAAGAAUAAUUCAGAAAUUCAAUGUUUCACACAGAAUAAGCCAUGUCAGAGACUUCAUAACAAAGUACCAAGGAUCAGAGGGAAGUGUUCCCUUCACGCUGACUACUUCGCUGCCAUUUCGAGAGCUGCGAGACGAGACACUCACACUAGAGGAAGCAAAGUUGCAAAAUGCUGUUGUUGUUCAGAGACUUCGGAAAACAACUGAACCUUUCAGACUCUUAGUGAUAAAAGCACCUGACAAUGACUAUAAAACUGCUGCUACACCUAAUGGACAGCUCAAGAAUGAACAAAAAAAUGCUAUCAAAAGUACAAGAUCAAAUUAGCUUUUAACUGGCCAAAAACUACAUACAGGUGGAACUAGACAAAACCAAAAAUGUAACCAGCAAUAUCUGGAUGCACUCUCAUCCUCACAUACUGUGCUCUUAGAGAGCAAAAUGUGUGCUGUGCUAUCAUCUGCUAUAACAGAAGUAUUUUCAACUAAAUUUGGUGGUCAGAGCCUGGCUAUGUAAUGUAGCAGAGGUAACUGUACAACAGGUCAUCCUUCAAAUUUCCCUAGGUAGAAAGCUUCUUAGUUCUUUAAUGAGUGUAUUUAGGCAGAACAGUUCUGUGAGACUUAAUUACUACUGAUAGCACCUUUUAAGGAAAAACAGUAUUUAUUUUUGCACUUUGGACUAAAGUGAAACUGAACUGAUUGGUUUCACUUACAUUUCAGUGUAAGCUGCUGCAGUUUGCAUUCUUACCACAGUAACUUUUAGGCAACAGAUGCUGCAGGGAAGCUCACAUUUGAACUCAACUAACUUGAAAAUCUUCAAUAUCAGUAUCUUCAGGAUUUAACUUUUAUCACAAGAUCUACAGUGUAAUGUUCUAUCAAGUCUUCACAUGGUGGUAGGUGCACGUGUGAGAAGACAGAAAUGAGGUAGUCUGGUGCAUACUGCAUAUGAAGUGCCUCAAAGUUAGCUCUGAAGGAAUUGUUAUUACUAGUGGUGGAAGCGGUUUCUGCCUCUCUUGUGCUGCUACGGGUGUCUUGCAGACAGGGUGAUGUUAAACUACCUAGCUCAUUAGGAUAGAGAUCCACUUUUAGCCUUGUCACACAAAAACUCCAACUUUUCUGGAGAUUACCAUACAGGAAUAGUGGCUUAGACGGAUACAGUUGUUUUUGUACUAGAUAUCUGCCUCUGUCCUGAACUGGCCAGCUGAUUGAGACACUAAUCGCAUGUGGCCAAGUUUCAAAGAUGUUGAAAAUCCGUAUCUGAAAACUGAGGUUUCUUCCCCCUUCUACCCCAUUUCAUCCAAAUCCUUUAUUUUGCUAUUCAUGUACUUGAGGUAUAAAAUUUGUAGCCAGCUAUUCCAUGUUUUGCUAAAGGAGAAAUCAACAUAAAGACUAAAUAUUUUGUACUGUGUUUGCAAAGUAGCAUGUGGGUUUGUGAACGGAACUAGAGUCUCUAGGUAAGACUUAUCCUGGGGCCUUCAGUGAGUGCUGACUAAUUUGUGCUACCUACGGAAAGGGAUGAUUGUUGGGGUUGUACUUUUGCAUGGUUAAAUGAAAGAUGGGUUUGGGAUUUCCUGGUUUUGUUCUAAGUAGAAAAUUACUUAACUGGAAUGACUUGAAUUCUAUCUCAAUGUCAUGUUACUUCAAACUAGGGGUACACUUACUUCAUUCCAAGGCGUGUAAAACCGUUUUGCUUCAGCAUCUCUCCUGGUAUGUUUGCGGGUAGUGAAAUGAGUCAACUGCACAAAUAUCUAUUCAAUGUCUUCAGAAAGCAAAUCUCUGAAAACUAUGCAGUUAACUGUUUUCAGUGCUAUAAACUUGAUGUGCUACUGUGUCUUUCAGGUUUAUGUAGCAAAUAAUACAACUAAAUUAUCUUUGCUCUUGCACUGACUCCUCUACUAUAUGAAAAGCCUACCAGAUCUCUAGUAGUAGGAAGAAGUGUGCAGGCAAAUCCACUAGUAAAAUUGAAGAGACAAGUCACCUGCAGGCACAGUUUGCAGAGCUUCCUGAACAGUGAAUUUUAUUAAUCAGUGCUUUUCAAUUUGUCUUAAUGUAAAACUAAGUAUUAGAAAACCACACAUGCUUGACUGUAAGCUCGAUUGUUCUUAUCUAAAAGGUGCAUGAAAUGUCAAAAUGGCAGUAUACUAUUCCUGCAUUUGCAACAUAGAAAUUCAAAUAAUUAGUGUAAGAUUGAUUGAAAUUGAAAGGGGGGUGUGUGUCAAAUUUUAAGGUAGGUAAAUCCAUUUUGCUUGUUAUCAAAAGGUCAUGUUUUUGGAAAGGAGCAGUAAGUAUUUAGUAUUUCAAUGUUGAUUCAUGUCUGCUACCAGUAUUUUAAGAGACUGGAUAGCUUGAUUCUGUCUGGCUAUAUAUUGUGCUUUACUGAAAUCAACUGUUUCUGGCUACAGCUUUGGUGUACUUGAGUGUGUAUUUGCAGUUUGAAAGUGCCAUGAUCUUAAUUACAAAAUGAGAGUAAAUCUUUAAAAAGUCAAGAGUGAUGCUGACUGCACUAAUCCUGUGUUAGACUAGAAAGAGCCUUUAAAAAAAGGCAAUGAACUGUGAUUGGACAACUUAUUUCCUAAUUUGGUGAAAAUCUUUGGAGUGAAUACAGGGCUCUCCUAAAUCUAAUUGGUUUUGGUCAAUUUGUAAAGACUGAUUAGCUACCUGUAGUGUCUGGACAGCCUAAUCUCUUGCUCAGCGCUGUAGAUGGCUAUUGUGCAUUGGUCAAACAACAGUAAAACUAGCUUGAUCAAUGCUUGAGUUUGUGAAACACACAAAUACUAUCAGUUAUUCAUUGUUUCUUCACAAGCCUUCACUGUUUUGAGUAAAGCCUGUGCAUUAGCAUAAUUUACAGCAAAAUUGAAAUAGCCUAGAAAAGAACAAAGAAAGGAAAUGUUUUCUGUAGUAUUUUCCUUCGUGAAGAAACAUGCAAAUGCAGGUAACAAAGAUUUAAUGUGUUAUGAGGACGUUGUGUGAAGAGAAAACU